GAUCACGCGUGCUAUUCGCAGCACAGCUGAUACAUCGAACACGCUCAGAGCCUCAAAAUGGCAAGCAAGUCUAGGAUGAGCGCGCUUGCUGCGCUAAAAGCAAAGCGAAGAGGCGAAUCGAUUGCUCAAAAGGAUGAUUCCGACUCGGAUGUCGAUCUCUAUGACGAGGUCAAUGACGAAGAAUUCAAGUCAAUUGUUCGCGGUCGGAUGAUGACAGACAACUUCAUCGUAGACGACGACGGCGGUGGGUACGUCGAUACUGGGGCGCCAGAGUGGGAGCGCGAAGGCUCAGAGGAGAGCGAUGGAGAAGACGAGGUGCGGCUGGAAGCAUUCGGAACCAAGUCUCGGAGGGGGAAGCGGAGCCUUGCGGAACAGAAUGACUAUGUCAAGGCGGCAGGCGCAAAGAAGGACAGCAGAAAGCCACCCUCCACAGGCUCUGGCCUUUUCGGACGGGGUGGCAGCAGCGCCCGACCGCUCUUUGGUGGUGCGAAGCAGAAUACAGCUGCGCAGGAUGAUGACUUCAUGAGUAAUAUCUUCAAUGACCUCGAAAGUGGAACCUGCCCGACAAAGCCUACUACAAAAGCGUCCUCCACACCGGCGGGCAACAGCACAUCCAGGAAGCGUCGAAAUGAGGAAGCAGCAUUUGAACGCUUCAGAACGACGCAUGUGGCAACCAUUACAUCUUCCAGCCCGCAUACAGAAGAGCUACCGAGCAGUGACUCGGUUGAGUCACCAGCUGAUGCGCCUAUGCAACACAACGUCCGCGUCCUCGACGGCAAGGACUACGGCUCGCCGUCAUGGGAUCAUGAGGGGCUUGCGUCGUCUCCACUGCCGACGAAGAAGCUCAAAACAUCUGCUUUCACGCGUCAAGCCAGUAUCUCCGACAUCCCACCUUUGCCGCUCACGCCGGAGUUCUCCGACGAUGACGACGAGGAUUCCAUCCUCUCCAUCCGCAAAGCAGCAGAGGGCAAGGCGCGGCCAGCUGCUUCUAACAUGCGCAUCUCGAGAGUCCAAGUCUCCGCACCUGCAUCAACCAAAACUGAGGCCUAUGAAAGUAAAACUCCAAGCUUAGGCAAGAAUGGCCCACAGAGUACAGCGCACAAGCAGAGCAACGCCAAGGCGAACGUCAUUGGCUGGCGCGAUAUCCAUGCAAGUCUAGUUCAGGCUGAGAAGCUAGAUGAGGCUGACAAGAAAGGCAAUCCGGCCAAGAUGAACAUGAAUGGAUCCGGGAAUGUUGCAAGCUCGGAUCCACAAAUCUCAGAUGACGAAGGGGAAGGAUCAGCCGAUAAAGACGCAACCGCCAAAGCGACAUAUUUUGAGCAGACAUCAAACACCGUGCAUUUCUACUGGUUGGACCACCUCGAGCAGGGCGAUAAGGUCUAUCUCAUUGGCAAGGUCAGGUCCAAGCAAACGGGGCAGUAUGUAUCGUGCUGUGUCGCGGUCGAAGGCAUGGAGCGUUGUCUGUUCGUCCUACCUAAGAAAGCGCCGGAGGAGCAGGGCCUGGAGCAGAGCAGGGCCAUCCGUGAAAGCAAAAAGCUGCGAAAGGAGCGCGAGCGCAAAGGCGAGUCAACAGACGACAUCGAAGAUAUGGAAGAGGAGGAGGAGCCUUGGCAAGACGAAGUCUUUGAUGAAUUUGACUCGAUCCGCAGCCAGCACGGCAUCAACUCUUUCAUCUCCAGCUGGGUUGUACGCGACUAUGCAUUCGAGCUUUCUGACGUCCCUCGCGAGUCUAAGUACCUCAAGGUUCGCUAUGGCUUCGAUGAGCCUGCAUUGCCUUUCGACAUUUCAGGCAACACCUUCUCGCGCGUCUUUGGCACCAACACGUCUGCUUUUGAACUCUUCGUCCUCAAACGCAGGAUCAUGGGCCCAUGCUGGCUCAAGCUCGAGAGUGCCAGCAUAAACACUGGCACUCCAAUCAGCUGGUGCAAGCUAGAGCUCACCGUAGACGAGCCCAAGAGCGUGAGCACCUUCUCAGACAGUGACAGCCUAGCGCCAAAGGAGACACCGCCCCUCAACGUCAUGAGUCUGAGCCUGCGCACGGUGGUCAAUGUCAAAGAGAACAAGAAAGAGAUCCUCUGUGCAAGCGCACGGACCUGGAUCAACUACGGUAUCGAGGACACAACGCCGCUCGAAAAGGUGCCGUCAAGCCUUCACACCUUUGUCCGCGCGCUUGGAGCCAAAUUUCCGAGCGGAUUCGAGCAGAUGUCCAGAAUGUCCAAGACAAAGAUGGUCGCAAUCAAGUACGAGCGAGGACUUCUCAAUGCACUGCUCGCCCAUAUCAGGUCUGUGGAUCCGGAUGUAAUUCUUGGCCACGAGCUCGUUGGCGUCACGCUCGAUGUCCUCCUACACAGGAUGCGAGACCUCAAGGCUGCGCACUGGAGCCAAAUUGGCCGCCUGCGAAGGCCAAAAUGGCCACCACUGCGGCAAAACUUUAAUGUGCCUCUCUUGGCCGGUCGACUUGUGUUGGAUCUGGCCAGCGAUUGUGGGAAGAGCAUGAUUACAUCCACAACAUGGUCGCUCACAGAAAUGGCAGGGACACAUCUUGGGAUCCAGCGGGAGGAUAUUGAUCCCGACGAGACAGCAGGUGUUUUUGUUGGCGAAGACGCGAAGCAAGUCAUGCUCUUCCUCGCACACAACGACAUGGAUACGUGGCUGCAGAUGGCGAUCGCGUGCAAGGUGCAGAUCCUCCCCCUCACCAAGCAGCUAACCAACAUUGCUGGCAAUAGUUGGAACAGGACACUCAACGGUGGACGCGCCGAGCGCAAUGAAUACAUUCUGCUUCAUGACUUCCACGAGAAAAAGUACAUCUGUCCAGACAAGCUCUCCUUGAAGGACAAGCGAGGUGCUGCCAGGAAAGCCGCCGAGGAGGGUGCCGAGGAGGGUGCAGAUGCGCAAGGCUCAAGCAAGAAAGACAAGUUCAAGGGUGGUCUUGUCUUUGAACCCAAGAAAGGUCUCUGCGACAAGUUUGUGCUGGUCAUGGACUUCAACUCGCUCUACCCGAGCAUUAUCCAAGAGUUCAACAUUGACUUUACAACGGUCGUGCGCGCUGGACCUGCCUUUGCCGACGUGGACGCAAUUCCCGACAUUCCCUCAUCGGACGUCGAACGCGGAGUUCUGCCGACACUCAUCGCGAAGCUCGUCGACAAGCGUCGGGACGUCAAGGGACUGAUGAAAGACAAGAAAGCAUCCGCGGCCAGCCUUGCGCAGUGGAACGUCAAGCAGCUCGCGCUGAAGCUCACAGCCAACAGCAUGUACGGCUGUCUCGGUUUCGAAAACAGUCGCUUCUACGCCAGACCGCUCGCUGCGCUGACCACAUUCAAAGGUCGUGAGAUCCUCACGCAGACCAGGGAGCUUGCCGAAUCACUUUCACUCGAGGUUAUCUACGGUGACACAGACAGUGUCAUGAUCAACACGAAUGUAACCGAGUAUGCGGAGGCAAUCAAGAUCGGACGCGAGUUCAAGAAGGCGGUCAACAAGCGGUACCGGCUGCUCGAGAUCGACAUUGACGCUGUCUUCCAGCGCAUGCUGCUGUUGCAGAAGAAGAAGUAUGCUGCGCUCAAGAUCGAGGAUGAUGGCAAAAUGACAAAGGAAAUCAAGGGUCUCGACAUGAAGCGUCGUGAAUACUCGAUGCUGUCCAAGGAUGCUUCAGCAUACGUACUGGAUCAAGUCCUCUCCGGAGAGCCGACCGAGGUUGUCAUCGAAAACGUGCACGAGUUCCUGCGCAAGCUUGGCAAAGACGUGCGAAGCUCUCAACUUCCUUUGGAUGCAUUCAUCAUCUACAAGAGACUGGGCAAGAACCCAGAGGACUACCCGGACGCCAAGUCGCAGCCUCACGUCCAGGUGGCGCUGCGCAUGAAAGCGAAAGGGAGCAGCGCGCGCUCCGGAGAUGUUAUUCCCUACAUCUUUUGCAAGCCCGAGGGCAAUGCCGCCUUGACGAAGAGCGCACAAGCCGACAGGGCCUUCCACCCAGAUGAGCUGAGACGCGCAGAGUCGAAACUCGUCAUCGACUACGAGCACUACCUCUCACUUCAGGUUCUGCCGCCUAUCGAGAGGUUGUGCGAGAGCAUCGAAGGCACGGACAAGGCACGCUUAGCAGAGUGCCUCGGCUUGGACACUAGUCGCUACGCAUACGUCACGUCCGAAGCUAUGGACAGAGAUUCAGCCGCUUUCAGCACGCUCGACAGUCAGAUGACAGCGGAAGAGCGGUUUAAGGACUGCAGGCCACUGGAGUUCCACUGCCGAGCAUGUGGGGACACAAUCGCGUUCGCGGGUUUGUUCCGCGCGCACCAAAAGCGCAUCAUGGCCGGCGACCAUCUGCGCUGCCCGCGGUCCGAGUGCAGAUCGCGCAUCCCGCUGCCCUCACUGGGGCUGCAACUGCAGCAGCGUAUCGCAGAGCACAUCGCGACGUACUACGCCGGCUGGAUGGUGUGCAGCGACAGUGGCUGCGGACUGAAGUCGCGCCUGACGGGCGUGUAUGCUAAGCGCUGCCUUGCGCCCGGGUGCCAUGGGCUGGCGGUGCAGGUGUACAGUGACAAGGCGCUAUACACACAGCUGAGCUACUAUGCGCACCUCUUUGACGGCGAGGCGCUUCAGCAGAGCGCUGAGGAGCUCAAGCAUCCUGGCACGGCCGCGCAGGUGCUCAGCCAACACAAGGUACUGGUGGGGACGUUGAGCAAUGUCGUCAAGCAGUACCUCGAGAAGAGCGGGCGGAAGUAUGUCGAUCUGGGCAGCCUCUUUGCUGGCGUUUCGCUCGGGCCGCGGAGGACAGUGGUUGUGUGAGACUCAAGACUACGCGAGAGCACGAUGGACAUCUAAUACUUUCAAUCUGUACUAUACGAAGUAAGAGCAAUAUGAAUUCUG